UUUUAUUUCCUUGUACUCCAAGAUGUGGUUCCUGAGAGUGAUGAAGUGGAGGCUGCCAAAACUAUUGUCUGAGUUACAGUCUCCGAGUCAUUCAGCUAAAGCACACAGAAGGGACCUGCCAACACUUCAAGGUUUCAGCCAUAGGCCCUGCCAUGGAAGCAUGACAGAAGACACUUGUUUCCCCGCCACCUGCUAUUAUUCCCAUCCCAGGGAGUUGCUGUCUGCUGCCCUCUGCCCAGCUCCCCAGCAGGUGCCUCAGCAGCAAAGUCCACAGGUGGUUGUUAUAUGGAUAUAUGAUCCAGAAAAUGCAGACCCCAAUGAGUUGCUAUGGAAUGCAAAUGAACCUUCACUAAAUUCCAUAACACUUACCAAGCAGUUGGCCACUUUGGGACAGAAGCCUGCCAUAUAUACAACUCUGAGGAAAAGAAUUUAUCUUCCACAUGACAAAAUGGAGAAUGGGACCUGGCAUGUUUUGAUACCAAUGACAUAUGAUGAUGCGCUAAAGGAGAUUAAAGGAAAUCAAGUGGCUUUUCAAGAUUGCUUUAUUGCAGAUUUUAUUUUCCUGCUGACCUUUCCUUUGUUGACAAUACCUGAGAUUCCUGGAUAUUUACCAAUCACUUCACCACAUGGUAGUCAGUUAAUGGCAGCCUGGGCUGCUUGUGUUCCUUCAUCUGUUGUUGUGGUAGCCGAUAUGGAGACCUUUCAAACAAAUGAUUCAUUCCGUACUUGGACCAGAAUCAGAGUGCCUCCAAACAUUUUGACUGAGGAUGAAAGACACAGCGUGUCUGAUGUGAGCCUAUCACGGGAUGGAAUAUUUUUUCUAAUAAAUGGUAUUCUUUACAUAAAAAGUUUUACUGAGUUCAAAAGACUGGGAAUAAGUGAAAAUCUUCCUGAUAGUGGAAUUAUUGGCAUUACAACAAGAAAAUGGUGUUGGGUCAAAUAUUUAUUAAAGAGUAAAAGAAGGAGUAGCAUGGCAAUAUGGACAAAAAAUGAAGUUUAUCUUGGAUAUAUUUUUCUUAAAUUUGUCAAAAUAAUAACUACUGAAAAACUGAAAAAUCUUCUAAAUAUAUCAUCAGCUUCUACGCUGACUAUACACAAUGUCGAGUAUCCAGGACACCCUUUGGAACUUGCCUUAUUCUUAAAUUACUGCAAUACGUGUAACGUCAAUAAAACGAUUUACUUGGUAAUAUACAACGAAGAUACAAAACAAUGGAUGUACCAAGACUUUGCAUUAGAUGUCUCUGUUGACAGUUUUUUAACUCCACAUUUUAUAUAUGGAGCGCUGCCAGAUUUUAUACUGCAGGACAAACAUAGAAUCUACUAUUGUUAUCACAAUUUCACCGAGACUGGAGUUGUACAAACACCUACAGAAUUUGGAAAUCUAUCAAGAUUAUCACAUAACAGCAUUAUUCAUGAUAUCUUCAUGGAUUAUUUUGGAAACAUCGUGGUAAAAAUGGAAAAUAACAUCAUGUUUUAUUUCAAGAUCAAUAUUAGAGAUGCAAUAAAACUACAUUUAUGGACAAAUAGCAAAAUGAAGUCAUUCUUUUUAUUGAGUUCAUCUGCUCAGAUAUAUUUCAUAUAUGUUUUUGAAAAUGGCACAGUCCAGCCACGAGAAUAUCCUUUAAAACUGGAAUCUCAAAGUGCAAAUUUCAACACAAAAGAAAAAUGCCCCUACAUGGCAUUUCAUAAUAAUAUUUUUCAUGUUUUUUACUUUUUGGACAAGGGACAGAACCUGUCCAUUUGGGCUCAAAUAGUCUAUCCAGAAAAUGUUGGUCUGUAUAUUGUUGUGGAAUCAUACGGCCCAAAUAUAUUACAAGAGAAAGAUCAGGUUCACUAUGAAAUUGCCCUAGGAUACUGCACUAAAACCGUGACAGUAACAUUUUUUCAGACUAUAAACUACGAGGCAGUGGAUGACUACUUCAAGUUGCAAGACCAGAACACAGGCCUCCUGCUUGUGCAGCUCCGGCCCAGCGAAUAUUCAAAAACGUGUCCGAUAGCCCAAAAGGUGUUCCAAUUAGCCGUUGGCUGUGAUUCUACUAAAUUCAUUGCUGUUAAAGGAUUUAAUAAAAAAGACUGUCUUCAGCAUGAUUUCUUUUACGUUAUUGAAAAGUCAUAUCUGAGGAAUCAACCAUCUAAAAACUUGAGAGUAAAAUAUAAUUGGAAAAAAUAUGGCUGCCCAUUGAGACUUGAUUUUGGAGAAAAGUUUCACCCUUUGAUUCAGUUAUACAAUGACGAUGGCUAUGUGGAAGACGUGGAAGUCAAUUUCAUCGUGUGGGAGAUCCACGGCAGGAAUGACUACAGCUUUAAUAACACCAUGAAGAAGAGCGGUUGUUUAAAUGAAGCCCAGACGUGGAAGUCAAUGACUAAGCUUAACCAGCACCUCCCACUAGAAGAAGUCUGGGGACCUGAGAACUACAAGCACUGUUUCUCUUAUGCUAUUGGAAAACCAGGAGACUUAAAUCAACCCUAUGAGAUAAUCAACAAGUCUAACUAUAACCAUUUAAUUUGGCCUGAGGACCAUUCUGGAAUGUACGUGUUUCGUGUGAAGAUCCUGGAUCCAAAUUAUAGCUUCUGUAACCUAACGGCGAUAUUUGCGAUAGAGACCUUCGGAAUGAUUCCCAGUCCAAGUGGCUACCUGGUUGCCGCCUUCCUCUUUGUCCUGAUGCUACUGUUCUUCAGUAUUCUAGUUUUGAGCUAUUUCCAUUAUAUGAGGAUUUAUAAACAGUAUCUUUAUGAACCAAUUAACAGAUAUGAUAGAAAACAAAAGAAUAAUUAGGAAAAUUAAAAGUU